AGGCAGGGUGGUUGCAGUGAACAAGUGCAGUGAACAAGUGUUUUCGGUGAUCCCUCGGCCCUCCACGUCUACUGUUCUGGAAAUUCCUAGAAUCCAAUAGAACGAAUCAAGUCCGGCCUUGUUUUAAAAAAGGUUAUCAAGAUGGGCUUGGUAAUCAAUCAAAAUGCACUUGCCUACUCCAUGACGUUUCUGGCAACAAAAAUGAUGAACACAAUCUUCCGCUUCUAUUAUGUACAACUCUUCACCGAUUACUACCACAUAUCAGAGUCAUGGUUCCACGUGGCGCAGGUGGUCUACAUGAUAUGGAACGCUGUCAAUGAUCCAUUGUUUGCAUACUGGCAAGACAACUCCAACAUCAAGGCAUUCCGCUCCCGUCGUCAUGCCAUCAUGUACGGAGCGCCACUGUUUGCCAUCUGCUUUCUCCUGCCAUGGUUUCCCUGGAAGACCUAUGAAGCCAAUGAAUGGAUAAUUGGAGUCCAUCUAAUGGUUUCUCUAUGCUGCUAUGAUACUCUUUUUACCUUUGUGCUCUUAUCGUACUGCGCUCUCUUUGCCGAGAUAUCCACUCGACACGAGGACCGCGUUAGGCUGACCAGGUACGGCCAAGUUGCUUCUAUUGUGGGAUCAACGUCGGUUCUCAUCAGCCAGUUUGUGUCGGACAACUUGAAAAACUUCCAUGCCUUCCAGAUGUGGUGCGUCAUUGUAGCCUUUCUAAGUUGGGCUGCAAUGCACUACACAGGGCGCAACGUAAAGGUACAGUGUGAUGUUAAAUCAACUGGUAUAGCACUUUCAAGACAGGACAGUAAGAAUAUGAAAUCACAAGGUCUCUCCAAUCAAGAUAGUUCUCUCUCCGUAUCGUACAAACAAGCGAAACAGAUCAUCUUCAACAGAAACUUCUUGAUAUUCGUAUUCAUCAACUUUUGUCAGAUAUUUCAGGGUGAUUACGGGGCAAACUUUCUGUCUGUCUUUGCGACCCAACUCAUUCCGGAGUCUGACCUCUCUUCAUCUCAAAGGAAAGUGAUGUUUGGUUCAUUAUUUAUCUUGCCACAGUUACUUGUCUUAAUCCUGAGCAUUUUCGUCAGUCGACAUGGUUACUAUCGGAUCAUUAUCUGGUCAUUUUAUUUCAAAAUCUGUUCAUCAAUCCUCAUGUUUCUGAUUGGAUCUCAGCACACCUAUAUUCUAGUUAUCUUCUUUUUUACAGACAGAAUUUUACCUGGUUCUGUGACACCUUUCUUCAACCUUUGUGUGUCUGACAUCAUCGAUAAUGAUCAACAAAGGUACCAGAGAAUGAAUCCUCUGUCAUCCACAGUCUUUGGCUACAAUGCUUUGUUCACCAAGCCAGCAUCCUCCUUAGCUCCUAUGAUGGUAGUAAACAUUCUCAAUCGCUAUGGUUACCAAGAGCUACAGGAUGAGCGUCUCUCACUCCAAGGAACCACUCAGCUCAAAGAAACCAUGUUCUUACUGACCUGUUUUCUACCGAUCAUUGUAGGUUUGUUGCAGCUUGUGGCAUGGAGGAAUUACACGAUACGCAAUAGUCACAUCGCCAUAGCCAAACAUGUAGAAACGUAGUGUAAUAAAUCAUAAAAGUUACUGUUGGCCGCUUGUUUGGAGGCGCCUUUAAUGACUUGUCUUGUAUCUGUUUGGUAUCAGGGUACUGGUGUAUAAGUAGGUACCUUGAGAUGGUUUAUGAAAGUUCUCGGCACUGACCAAAUUGUCAUCAAUUUCAGUGAAACUCUUGGUUUUGAUUGGCUGAGAAGCACUGGUCUCUAACUGUUACUAUGGGAAAUGAUAGAGAAUGAAAAAAACUUGUCAGUGCUAGACAGUUUAAUGAAAUGAUGUCCUGGGUCCCAUCUUACAUAGAGUUGCAAUUAAUCCGAUUAACCUCAACUAUAUGGAAGUCCAUCAUCGUCAUAAUUUUCCCUGCAGAAAAUUUGCACAAUGUCCUUUGUAAACAAAGAGAAGCUUACCAAAUUUUAAAGACAGCAAUGAAUGUAUGACUAUACAUCACAUCUAGAAAUUAUUUAGAACAAACAUUCAUUUAGAUAUUGUUGGUGGCUUUUCAUAGUUAUGGUUGAUUGGAUCAAUCGCAAAUCUUUGAAGACUGAGCCUGGUAAGUUUCAUUUGUUAAUUUCCCUUGAAGAUCUGGUGCCAUUUAAAGGCAAAGUGUUCAUAUUCAAAUUCUUCUGAACAGACUUAAAUUUUUUUAAAUGUAUUCAAGAAGAGCUUGUUACUAUUUUUCCAGAGCUUAAAUUUUGGAAUCACAAUAACAAAAAAAGGAAUCUCUAAGAUUUUGAUCCAUAAUUAACAGCACAUGGUCAUCAGUCCGUAUAAGUAAAACUCCAUUUUAGUAAUCCACCGAUGAAUCCCAGCCAUGGCGUAAUUCCCUUCAGCAAUAAAUUGAUCCAAAUUGUGCUGCACUCAACCCAGGUGAGGUAAAUGGUACCUAGAAGACAUUUCUUCCUUGAAACGCAGAGCGCAUAACAGCUGCUCUGCCAAAGCAAGGGUAUCUACAUGUAUGCUUCAUUAGUGUAGAGCGCUUAGAGAAGUUCUGAUGAAGUAAAUGUUAAGCAUUAUAUAAGCAAGUAUAAUAAUUAUUAGUAGUGUUAGUUUACUUUUGAGUGUUUCUGUAUUAUACUACUAUCCUCAUUCAUUCCCUGUGGCACAAAAAGGCCUCCAUGCUUUUCUUUCCACUUUUGGCAGUCUCUAGCACAAUCCCUGGUCUUCUGUAUACUUCUCAUUAUAUGGGAAUUUUUGGUUUAUUAAAACCUCUUGAAAUCAUUUGAUGUGGUUCAAGAAUGUGAAUGGAAUUGGAAUAUCAUCCUGACAUUCCGCUUGUUCUUGAUAAAGGCCCAUUGAAUAUUGGUCUUAUGAAUUUAGGUAUUGUAUAGUAUCAGAAAGCUAUACCAUGCUUCAGAAAUGGUUUUUAUUGAAAAGGCAGAAGGAAAACAAGUUUAGUUUUGGACACAAUUUUUAGUUUUGACAAUUUCCAUCCCAAAAUACCUAUAAAUAUGAGACUUAAGAUCACAUCUUUCGUAAAAUAUUUGUUAUAUGAUAUACUUUUGCUUCACAUCUUACAACGAAUUCCAACAGUAAAGAAUCAUCAGGGACAACAAAAGUAUACAUGUAUCAUUUUCAUUCUUGUCAUUUGGAAUACAUUUGUCUGUAACAAUGUUUUAUUUUUUUAAUGGGCACUUUAUACCCAGAAUACCCUCAAAUGUGCAUAGAAUUUGAGUACCAGUAUAGGUACUGUAAAGUAUGAAAAAUAGAUAUAUUAUUAAGAAUAUUCAUAGGACAUUCAAGGUGCAGUUCGAAUGGGGAUUAUAUGUCUAUGCAGUAAAUUUAGGUGAUGUCUCUAUUAGUAUAAAAGGGCAUUGAGCUUGCGUUUUCCAUAGCUAUCAGUUGGAUAUCUGUUGUCAUAAUAUGUUAUGUAUUUUAUUUUUUUAAGUCGUUGGUUGAGUAUUUUUAUAUUUAUACAUAGACUGAUAAUUAUGUAUCCAUUGAAGUGGAUUUUCUGGCUGCAAUUUAUUCAAGCAUUAUUAUUGUAAGUACUCCUGAAAUACAUAUAGCUAGAUCAAAAAAAUUAUUAACUAUUAAGAGAAUAUAUUUUGUAUUGAUUUUUAUUUUAUAAUCUUUACAUUGUGCAUUAUUUCAAUGCAUUCAACUCCGUUGUGACCAUAUCAUUAUAUGAAUUGUAAUACAGAAUGGAUCUUUUUGUUUUGCACUUAUGAUGGUAUUAUAAUUGUACAGGUUUUUUUUAUUAGGGUUAAAACAGUAGCAACACAUUUAUAAAAAACAACCAUAAGCGACCAAUUAUUGGGCAGCUAAUGAUAUUUCAGCAUACAAAUUCUUUUGUGCAUUGUGUUUAAUUGAUAAUUGCUAUCUUCAUGAUGGUCCUUUGCUGGUUACCUACUUUAAAGUCUUUCAGAAUUCCAGUGCAUAAUGGUAUUUGAAAAUUUCAUGUUAGAUUUUUGUACUAGAUUGAUUUUGAUGCAAGAAAGAUGUACCCCAAAUAGGAAGGAAAUAAUUAUUCUUCUGCAUUUAACAAACUUUGCAUAAUUAUACAUAAGGCCUUUCCGCUUAAAUGAAUUUACUUCAAUAAACUCAGUACUUGGGAUGGUGCAUGCUUCGAUAUUGGUUUUAUAGAGUGUCACUUUUUUGUCAACUAUAAAAAAAAGUAAUUAGGGUGUAAACUUGUACAUUGUAAUAGGAAUGAGUACUAUUAUAAUUAUUUUCACAUUAUCAUGACUAAUUUCAGACUUAACAAUAUCCAAAUAAAUAUGGGGGUCACCUUGAUGUGACAUUAAUAGGCCUUUUAAUAGUUGGGGGGAAAAUCUUUACUUUAUAUGGAAAUUUUAUUGAAAUUGAGUAAACAGACAAUUAUAUUAAUUAAUCAAUUAUUUAAUGACAUUUUAAUGUCUGAUUCUUUCACCACGCAGUGAAUGCGGCUGUACUGUAUGCAAAGAAGUGAGCCAAUGAUGUCACAAGCUCAUCUUUUUUGUAUCUAAUAUUCAUAAUAUUUCACAUUCCUAUUUUGCAGUAUCCAACAGAUGUGAAACAUCGUUUCACAUAAACUCAACUAGAACUCAAUUGCACCUCAUCACCUUCAAGAUUCUUUAGAACCCAAGUAAUUAUGAAAUACUAAAGAGAAAUGACAGGAUACAUCAUUUAUAACCUCCCACCCAGAGGCGGUGGAACGUCAGGUGCCCCUCCAUUUUCUUUCUCCGAGCCUGAUGUUUUGCCGCCUCUGCUCCUACCCCAAAACUAACAAUUAGUAGCCAAAAAUCAACUUUGAUAUUUUUAUUGAGAUUGAAAAGGGACAUCAUAAGCUUCAAAAUGAUAUCUUAAUAUAACUCAAAAUUUAUCUCCGAUACUCCACACAAGUACUUGAAUGAACUUAGACAAAACACAUUGAGAGCUUCAAUUAAUAAAGGAGAAACAUAGUUUGAAUUUGAAGGUUACUCAAACAUGAGAUGUGCACACUAUGCAAUCUCUGCGAAACUUCCAAGAAGUCUUCUUUUUUUAAUGGUGUCAAAGAAACUCUUGUAUCUUGUCUUUUAUUUUACUUUGCAACUUCAAAUCUCACAGUAUGAAGAAAAAUAUUUACUGGUACUCUUUCAGAUUAGCUUAUUUUCAAGAUUUUAUGAUUUGAUAUUUUAGCUUAUUUUCAAGAUUUAGUGAAUUGAUAUUUUAGCUUAUUUUCAAGAUUUUAUGAAUUGAUAUUUCAAGCUAUUUACUGAAAACCUACUCUGGCUACUUAUUGUUCUUUUGGGUUGGCUGGUCACAUUGGUUGUCACUAUGAGGUAUUUGUAUUCAAAGUUAUGUUAAUUAAUUAGCAUACCCACGAGGAGUGUAAUCAUUUCUGUUGGAUGUAAUAGACUAUUAUUAUUUGAAAACAAGGGUAUGGUUUUGUCUCAUGAAUGUGUAUGUAACAUAUCAUUUACCUGAAGACGGCAAUAACAUACUUUUUAGGACCAAAUAUGCGCAUUAAAUUAUUUAAUGCUGUCAUGUGAAGCCCCCAAUGGUUCAGUACUGUAUAUUAUACUUGCACAUGUUUUAUUAUAUUAUACUUACACAUAUUAUACUUACACAAUAGUUUUAUUGCACAAAUCUAUAAAUAAAUUCUAUGCAUAAUAUAAUAAUGUAAUAGAUACUGUGAGGUCAUUUCAUGGACUCUUGUUUUGUAUGUUACAGCCCAUUUUAGUGCAUGUCAUACUCACAGUACUAUGCACAUUUAAAGUGUCAUUUCAUACUGCCAUUUGGAUAUUUGCCUUCCUAUUUCAUUAGAUCUUUAAAAGUUUUUACCUCUUUAAUAUUGGUCUAUUCAUUCAACUCGAUGUCCUUUUUAAAAAGUGGAUUCUUUUGUACAUUUUAAAUGUCUUGCCCAUUUGACCUAUUCACUACUUAAUUCAGUUACGUUGUAUAUUCAGGGAUUUCCUGUUUUGAGAAGGAAAUGGAUUAUAUUGAUCUGAAAUAGUGCAUAGUCAAUAUAAACUAUAUUUUAUACAAUAAAAGAAUCUGAUUCUAUUAUCAAUAAACAUAGUGAUGAAAAUAAAA